AGAACAUUUAGAACUGUCAAAAAAUGAUACGGCGAUGUUGAAAGCUCCAAACGUCUUUGAAAUAUAUUUAUUCCUGUUAUAGCCGGAUUAUAUUUGAAUGUAAUAGAGUUUUUUUGUGAACACUCGUCCAAAUACAUCCAAUAAGGUUCUCGAAACAUGUCACAUGUAGCCGAAGUUAAAGUUCUUGUUUCUAGGUUAUUUUCUAUGAAAAAUGGGCUUUUCAAAUCUGGUGUCAGGAGUUUUAGUCAAGAUGUGGACAAAUCAGCUCAAGCCCUGGCUAAGAACAGUGUUACACCAUUGCCACCACUAUCGGAUCCUAUGCCAAACCUCCCACCUGUGAUAUAUUCCACCGGAAAAGCAGAGGAUUGUGUAACUGAGGUCACCACCCUCAGCAAUGGACUUAGAGUUGCAUCAGAGAAAAAGUUUGGCCAAUUUUGUACUGCGGGUGUGGUCAUUGAUUCCGGCCCACGGUAUGAAGUUGCUUACCCAAAUGGCAUUUGUCACUUUCUGGAAAAGUUAAGUUUUGGCGCAACACAUAAAUUCGCAACUCGGGAUGUGAUGCUGCGAGAGUUAGAGAGGCAUGGCGGCAUUUGUGACUGCCAAGGGUCUCGUGACACUACAGUAUAUGCAACUAGCGCCGAUUCUAGAGGUCUUGAGGCUGUUACACAAGUGUUAGCAGAGGUGACAUUAAGGCCACGGCUGUCUACUGAAGAGAUUGAAGCUGCCAGACAAGCAGUAGCAUUUGAAUUAGAAACUCUUGCUAUGAGGCCGGAACAAGAAACUAUACUUAUGGACAUGAUACAUUCGGCCGCAUAUAAGGGCAACACACUUGGUCUACCAAAGAUUUGCCCCAAGGAGAAUAUAAACAAAAUAGACCGUGGCAUUAUACUGAAUUAUUUGAAAAACCACUACACGCCCAAUCGGAUGGUAGUUGCGGCCGUCGGCGUCGACCAUGAGCCGUUCGUAGAAUUUGUACAGAAGUAUUUUGUGGACAUGAAGCCCACGUGGCAUGGCGAGGACAGCGACACGUUCACGCCACUAGUCGACAAGUCCGUGGCUCAGUAUACUGGCGGUAUGGAACAGGAGGAAUGUGAAAUACCACUCUACCCUGGAUCGGACUUACCGGAGCUAUCUCAUGUUGUUAUUGGAUUAGAAAGUUGCUCGCAUGGAGACCCAGACUUCGUGACGACGUGCGUGCUGAACAUGAUGAUGGGCGGCGGCGGCUCCUUCUCCGCCGGCGGCCCUGGCAAGGGCAUGUACACACGACUCUACACCAACGUGCUUAAUAGAUAUCACUGGAUGUUCAACGCGACGGCGUACAACCACGCGUACGGCGACACAGGCGUGUUCUGCGUCCAUUCGGCGUCGCCGCCCAACCGCAUCUACGACACCGCCGUCGUCAUCGCGCGCGAGCUGGCCAACAUGGCCGGCAAGGUCGGCGAGACGGAGCUGAGGCGAGCCAAGACCCAGUUGCAGUCGAUGCUGCUGAUGAACCUGGAGGCCAGGCCGGUGGUGUUCGAGGAUGUCGGCCGGCAAGUGCUCGCCACCGGCAAAAGGAAGCCGCCAUCCUUCUUUAUCGAUGAGAUUGAAAAAGUGACAGCCGAUGACAUAGUGCGCGUGGCGCGGCGCAUGCUGAGCGGGCGGCCGUCGGUGGCGGCGCGCGGGCGGCUCGCGCACCUGCCCACCUUCGAUGAGAUCUGCGCCAACAUGGCGCUCACCACCGACUCAUCGCCCCAGGGCCGGCGGCUCAACCUCUUUAGAGCUUGACUCACUGAUUACACCGCCGUUACGUCGCCUAAUGGCUAAAUUAGGCAGGUUUCAGUGCGACGUGGAUAACCAGACCUUUCUAUAAAAAUCGUCAUGUUUUUUUUUUUUCAACUUAAAAUCAUCAUUUAUGUCAUUCUUUUUAGAAGAUAAAAAAUGCAUACACUUUUCGUAUCUUUGUACGACCGUACAGUACAACGAAUGAGCUUACCCCUUGUAAAGCUUGUUGUAAUGAGUAGAAAAAAGGGGUACGAUCUAUUACAGCAUAAACAUUACAACCGAACUUUCCGAGAAGCGAAAUUCCCACGUCACAUGAAACACGCAAAAAGUCUUUACACAUACAUUUUAUCGCACUAAACUGAUCCCUAUUACACACCUUUUAAACCCUGCAGAAACAGGACAAUGAGGACCGCAUUUAUUACAUAUUUGCACCAUAAUUAAAAAAAAAUCUAAAUAGUAGUCUAAGAUACGAUAAAAAAAAAUAGUAGAAUCAAUUACGGAACUUCGGACUACGUUAAUUUGGUCAAGUGGCGAGUAUUUUAGUUACUAAACGUGUCUCAACACCAAAAAUUUAGUAGAGUAGAUUAGUAACGGGAGGCUGACUCGUCAGAGAAAUAGAAUAAAAUGGAUCCACUCAACUAAAUUGCUGACUAAUUUACUCGACUAAAUUUUUGGUGUUCGGACACGUAAUACUCGCCACUCAACCAAAUUAUAGUCUGAACUAGGCUUUAGUAAAGAGGAUAUAAUAAGAUAGAGCGGUACUGUCAUAGUAAAUUUUUAACCACUGUAAAUUCACUGCCAUCUAUCGACAUAAUUUAAAACUAAAAAUGAAGAUUUAUAAAAAUACCAUAAAAUGUAUUUAAACAUGGAUAAAUGUUUUUUUUAUUUGCAUUAAUUAUUUUUAUAUGAUUUUGACCCAUGUUCUUUCACUGAUAUGCGUUAAAAUUAUAAAUAAACGAAACCGUCAACGCCCUCUAUACGAGAGUACGCCAAAACUAGUGGCGCCAUCUGAUCGAGAAUCAAAUUUUCGUGAUUAUCGAGGCACGUUUUUUCCUUAGACUGUAUCCAUCUAUUACGGAGUUAUAUCUAUCUUUGGCUUUAGUAAGGAUAUUCGAAAGGUCGGUGUCGGUACACACACAAAUGGUGGUUGUACAACUAGGUAUCUCUUAGUUGGUUGAAGAGUCCUUAAUACAAUUACUUAGCAGAACAGUUCUGUUCAAAUGUUUAGACAACGAUAAAUUUGUUUCUGGUCACGAGAGCGGCUUCGGCUAUUCGUUACGCAUUAGUAGUGUCUAUAGAAAUUUCACAAUAUUUAA